AUGAACGAUGUAGAGACUGAGGACGAAAAGAAGCUGAGGGCAGUGCGCCAGGUCGAGUUCUACUUUGCUGACUCAAACUUACCGUUUGACAAGUUCAUGUGGACGCUCCAUACCGCCAACCCUGAACACUGGGUCCCCGUCAAGACCGUUGCGUCCUUCAAGCGCAUGCGCGAGUUCCAGUCGCUCGGAAAUGACUGGGUGGUUGAUGCGCUGAAGAAGAGUGAAGAGCUCGAGGUGGACGAAGCUGGCGAGAAUGUGCGCAGGAGGACUGAAGUGCAGCCGCCCAAAGGCCAGUUCGAGCGGUCUGUGUACGCAAAAGGAUUUGGGAAGGAGGAGCCUGGUCUGCAAAAGAAGCUGGAAGACUUCUUUAAUAAGUAUGGGAAGACGAACGCGGUGCGGAUGAGGAGGAUUGAUGGGACGAAGGAGUUCAAGGGGUCGGUGUUCGCCGAGUUUGCGGACUUCAAGUCAGUCAGCGCGUUCCUCAACGCUGAUCCCAAACCAACGUGGAACGGCGAGGAGCUCCUUAUCAUGUCAAAGGAGGCAUAUUGCGAGAUGAAGAUCAAGGAGAAGGGUCUCACGGGCAAGGCCGCCGACCUCCGGCGGCAGAACAUGGCCGGCACGGGCCGCAAGGGUUUCAACGCUUUUGCCGAGAUGGCACAAAAAGAGAAGGGCGGCAAAAAGAACAAGGACGAGGAGAAGGCCAAGCAGGAGGUCUACCUCGAGUUCUUUGGGAACAGGAUUCUCGUCCACGAGGAAGAUGGGGGUAGCGUGAAGCCGGAGGAUGUCCCAUAUGUGAAGGGUGCUUCACUCAAGUUCGAAGGGCCCAUUGACGACGUGAACUUCGACGAGAUCAAGGGCACGCUGAAGGAGCGCUUCGCUCGCGCACCGUUUGUAAAGUACACGAAAGGCGAGACUUCCGGAUUGGUUGGCUUCGACAAAGUUCUGUCGGAAGACGACAUCGAUUUUGUCAAAACGAACUUGAAAACACUCAGCGGUAAGGAGGUCUCGUGGUCUGUCCCAGACGAGGAUGCUGAGCGGGCGUUCCAGCUUGAACGGGCCGCGUCUGCCGCGAAGCGCGUCUUGUCGUUCGCCCAGAACCGCGACUCCAAAGGCGGUCGUGGCGGCCGUGGUGGACGUGGAGGGCGUGGUGGACGUGGAGGUCGUGGCGGCCGUGGUGGUGGACGCGGUAGCCAGCGUAAUGGUGGAGCCCGCACAGGGAAGCCCGACGACUCUGCCACGGCUUCAACACACGACGAUCAGGCAGGCGAGAAGCGCAAGCGCGCUGUUGAGCCCGACGGUGGUCCCAACGUCGGCGUUCGCGGUCAGGGUGUUCCAGUUGUGCAGUCCUCAAAGAAGGCAAAGACGGAAAGCGACUCAUAG